GGAUCUCACCCAAUAGCCAUCAUCAUGAACACCGCCGCCACCACCACCGAUUAUGUCUGCUGUUCUACCUACCCCCAACGAACCUAUUAUAAGUAGAGCUACCACGGCGUGUGAGGGGGAGGCAGUUAUCAUCCUUCUUAUGACCUUGCUCUGCGGGUACAAGAUCGCACCUUGUACUUGUACUCUGGACAUUGCAAUGACGGCGAUGACAAUGACUACGCCUGCCCCUGCUUCUCAUCAGGCAGCAGUAUCAUUUUUGCAAAGCGCGAAACUUGAAUUUGAACAGCAUCGGGCUAAGAAAACGGACCCGGCCCAUGAGAACUGUUUCGGGGACGAAAGUUUUCGCCUCACCUGUUCUACCUUUACAAAGGAUAUAGUUGGCUGGAGAAUUACCGGCGACCUUCGCGCGACCUCAUUGCUCCUCCAGGAUACUGUUUGUCGCCUGCUUAACGAAAAACGAUCGCAUUGGAUAACUUGUCGUCCCAAAACCCAAUCAACCCUUUUUUGUGAUACUGGCUAUGCUAUCGAAUGCUUUCUCAUCGGCCCUAACCAAUCCCAUGCCUCACCCCAUGUAACCAUACACUCGGCGCAAAAAUGGGUGGCCACAGAACUCCGCAGAGCUAUCAUAGAUAGCAACAUUCUGAAAAAUUUUGCCCGCUGGGGUUGCAUCAAGCUUCCACAUCAUAUAAAACCUACAUGCUACACCACCAGGGGCAUGAACUUCUCACCUGGCAGUGAUUUUCGUUGCCAUGAUUAUGAAGUCCGCAUCUGUGGCCGUAAAAUUCCAACCUAUCUAGAUGGAACGUUUGUGGAGAUAUGGAAGGGUGGUUCCUGUCUCAGUGCUGCCACUGUGGGUGGCCUCAUCGUCGUCGGAAAUCGAACACUUGCUUUGACCGUCGCACAUGUUUUCUAUCCUAGCAAGCCAGCCUUGCCGAUCGAAUCAUUUGAUAUUGAUGAAUCCGAAUUCGAAUUUUUGACGUCAGAAGUUUCAGAAUAUGGGGAUGGUAUUAGUGACUUCGCCGAUACAAUCCGCAACCCGAGCCCACCUCCCCGUGAAACGGCACAUCGCACUAUGCGUCAUGUCAGGACGGGAGGGGUUAUGGCGAAAUUGUCUGAAAGCCGAAUCACCGUCGGUCGCUUGGAAUACAUUUCUAGCAUUUACGAUGCUCAAAGUCAGACUCAUGGUGGACUGGACUGGGCUCUACUUGCCAUCACACAUCCCGAUAUUAUCAUGAGAAAUAGAUCUCAUUAUUGGAACGUGGGGCGCGAAUGUUUAUUGGCGGAGAACCAGAUCCAAAUUUUCACUGCAUCAGCGAUCAUAACUGCUGAGACAGUUUCAAAUGCUGUUUUUGGUCUAUCAUCAGACACUUUCGCUCAGCCCGUCCUCGUUGCCAAUGAUGGGUCAUCGAUUCCAGGUGAUUCAGGAUCUUGGGUCUUUGGGGUUAGUGAUCAUCAGCCGGUGGGUAUGCUCAUCGGUAACUGCGAUACUUUGAACCAAUGCUAUUUUCUCAGCAUGGAACACAUCAUGUCUGAUAUCAAAGCACAAAUCAAACUUCCUGUCAAACAUGCACCGAUUGGAGCCCUCGAUGUAGUAGAGCAACAAAAAUUUUCGGACUUCGUGAACCGCAUGAAACGUCGUGGUGUUGAUGGAGAUGGCAACGAAACCUACUAUAUUACUACGUCGACGCUAAAACAAUAUUGGUCACAGGAGCGCGUCUGGGAACUCAUUACUUACUUUGAUCAAUGGAGCUGCUUAUCCUAUGAAUACUUCUCUGAGAAGUACAUACGUCUAUUCUCUAUCCUAUCGUUUAUCCAACAACCUGACGCGUUUCUUUGGCUCUUCGAAAACAAGGUCGACGAUACUUUCCUCCCCUGCACAGACAUGAAGAUGCUCUGUACCUAUAAUGACGCAUUCUUGGAUAGCUUUGAAGAGAACCAGUGGCUAUUCUGUCCUCAGGACUUUGAUGAGUCACUUUUCAAGCAAAAGUUUGUGCAUCCUAAAACUAUACUUCCAAUUGUAAGGGAGAUAGUGCUACACUUGAGUGGGAAUGGGAGAACUUUUGCGAGAGUACUUAUCGAUAGGGAAUGCAACUUAGUGAUGCCUACUGAACACUUCCUUUUCAAAACAUAUUACACUCAACCCACAGAAGUAGACUGCGGUGGGCUCAACAGACCAGGAGACUUUCGAGACACAAGCACCUAUCGUGAUUGGGAAGAAGAGACCCUGGCAUUUGAAGCUCUACAAAUAUGCGCCGGGACUGAAUAUGUAAUCAACUAUUACGGAUCGUUCGUUCAGCAUAACAAAGCCACAAUUAUCUUGGAAGACACGGGUACCUCCUUAGAGGAAUUUCUACAACAAAAUGAGCCACCUGAGGAUGCUUUUAACAUGGCACAGUUCUGGGUCAGCUUAUUUAAAUCACUGAUAGGGCUUGAGGCAAUCCAGAACUUGCCAAGGGCUCACGACCUACGCGAAAGGGCCGCAAACCGAAUUUGCAACCUAAUGCGCAAUGACGAACCCUGUACGCGAUCGUCCGCUCUAAAAAUAAUGGUGUGCCCUGUUAUUGAAGGUGUAAGAAAGCAGCCCAUGUUCAAGUUGCUGGAGUUUGCCCCAAUUCUCGAGGCCUGUGAAUGCCAUAAGUCUCGGCCUCCUCUCCCCUGGAAAUCAUCGCCCAUGCGUAUAAUUGAGGAAAAGUUGAGGUAUCCAUCUCUAAACCAUGUUGAUAUGUGGGCAUUUGGAAGCGCUGUUUCUCAGUGUGCGGUUUGGAUGCUCUCUAACGUGGACGGUCGAUCCAUUACCGGGCUUAACAGGGGACUGGUCGGUGCUUUGGUAGGCCGUGAAGAGGCAGACAACGCCCAAUUAGAUGCGAUAUAUCAAGAAUGGCGGGCAUACCUGCGUUCUAACACAACCACUGGAUUCGUGGCUCGCUUUAUCCUCCACCAUAUACUGCGGGGAAAUUCCGAGAGCGCGAGGCAGUUACUUAGUGAGUUUCGUGCGGAAAUUCCAUGGAACUGGGAUAAGAAUAGGUUUGGAAGCUCGGAAAGUAUAGAAAAUAUGAUGGAGUUACCGAGCGUAUUCGCGCAAGCUAUUGACGGCCUAAAGCAAGAAGAUAUAAGGCUACGAGCUUUGCUUACGGAAGACCGCUUACAGCCAUUGUUAAUUCAAGCAGACUCUGAGCGCUUCAGGCACGCUUCCUCACCUAACAUCUCAGGAAAAGCCUCUUCAGCUGGUUCGGGAAAUGCAAUACUUGCCGAUGAUUUCUCACCUAUCAUCUUAGAUGAGAUCCCCUCUGAGGCUGAUACAGAAAACUCUAAUAUCACGUCCUUACUCGAUAAUCACUUACUGGAUAAUCUCGGAAAAAGACCUGUUGAAAUCAUCAGUCGACGCGGCCUUUCUCCUAAAACUGGUCCUCAGGUGACGGUGAUAGAUAUCAAAAAUUGGAUUCGCGGUGCGCAGAAGGAACCUAUUCUGCGCAGCGUCCCCAGACUUCCCAGACCUCUUUUGGAAGGUAGAUUGGAUGCCCUACGUCAACGGCGUCACGUAUUCCUCGUUGACGAAACCCCCGCGAUGAAAAGAAAAUGGAAAGAUAUAGCCCUUUUUGCUGAAAUUCUGGAGACCGAUUUCCUGGAAGUUAUUGGGAUACCCGUAGAGCUUUACUUCACAUCGGAACCUAUCAUUGGACAUCACAGAAAUGUGAAUUUAAGGCUGGAUGAUAUCAUCAGGGCACACAUCGCUGAUGGUACCUCAUCGAUAAACGAGAGCCUUGAGAUAUUUGUAGACCGAAUAACGACAAAAACCAUGAGCACAGUAGACCCCUCGGCCACCUGGUCAGGACAGCCGAUCACUAUCUACAUCCUUACAAGCGGCAUUUGGGAGUCAUCUGUUCGAGAGAUUUUUGGAAAUUGCCCGUAUGAGGUAGAUAAAGUCAUGAAGAGGCUGGUAUCUGAGCUUAAAGGCCUGAGAGUGUUAGGAAACUUUGUCUCUAUUCAAUUCAUUAGGAUCGGAGGCAGCAACGUCGGGAAAGAUAGGUUUGACUACUUGAGGACUGCUUUAGAGAUGUAGACGGUUCAUAUACCAAUUGUAUAUAUUAUAGGUAACGCCUAUCCAGUCAGCGGCGCCUUCAGGUUUCGAUACCACUUUCACUUGUCGUUAGGAUAUUUCCAGUGCACUCAGAGUUGCAUCACUAAAGCUAGAACGUUCAUUCAGCCCUUCCAUACGGACAAUUGCGCAAUGAUUCUUUCCAGUACUAGGAGGCUGCUUCCUAAGGUGGCCAAACUAACUUGAGCAGUUUACGGUAACCUUCUAAGGAGCUGGUAGCUAAUCGACUAGAUAUUUUGCAUAUAAUGAGUGAGCCCUGUGUCGUUGACACGUAAGCGAACAUCAGUUCUGCAUAUCAUC